UUAUAUAUAUCAAUUAAUUUAUUUUGUGUUACAGUCCUUGGAAAAGAAAAGUCCGAAUUGGCACAUCAGAUUCCUGAAAUCAUUAUCGGCAAGAAAAAGCCAGACUAGGCUAAAAUGUCGAAGAUAGACAAAAUGAGCAUUCUCGGGGUGAGGAGCUUCGGGAUUGAGGAUAAAGACAAACAAGUUAUCACUUUUUUUACUCCACUGACUGUUCUAGUUGGACCCAAUGGAGCAGGCAAAACGACUAUUAUUGAAUGCCUUAAGUAUGCAACAUCAGGGGAACUUCCCCCUGGAUCUAAAGGAGGAGCUUUUGUUCAUGAUCCAAAGGAUGCCCAUGAGACGGAUGUGCGAGCUCAAAUUCGGCUCUUAUUCUCAGAUGUGAAUGGAGAGAAGGUCUCCAUCCAUCGCUCUAUGUCGUGCACUCAGAAGGCAAAGAACUACUCCUUCAAAAGCUUAGAGCAGGUCAUUACUAGAAUAAAAGAUGGUGAAAAAGUGAGCCUGUCUUCUAAGUGUGGUGAGCUGGACCGGGAGAUGAUUUCUGCUUUGGGGGUGUCCAAGCCUGUGCUGAAUCACGUCAUCUUUUGUCACCAAGAAGAGUCCAACUGGCCACUUAGUGAGGGAAAAGCACUCAAAGACAAAUUUGACUCCAUCUUUGCAGCAACUAAGUAUAUCAAAGCUCUUGAGACGAUGCGUCAGCUGCGCCUUAAACAGAGUCAGACAGUCAAAGAAUGCCAAGUGGAAUUGCGCUACCUGAAGCAGAACAAGGAGAAAGCUCAGCAAAUCAGAGAGACGGUGGCCACCAAGGAGGCUCAGCUGAUGGCCUCCAAAAACAACGUCCAGAAGAUAGAGAGCCAGAUUGAUCCUCUUGAAAAUCGACAGGUGGAGAUUGACCAGAAACUUAGUAAGGUAAUGAAGUUGGACAAUGACAUUAAAGCUUUGGAUAGCAGAAAGAAACAAAUGGAGGAGGACAACAAAGAGCUGGAGGAAACAAUGGAACAGGUGUUUCAGGGUUCAGACGAGGAGCUGCAAGACGUUUACCAGAACCACCAGAGGACAGUGAAGGAGAAGGAGCGCAGGUUGACCGACUGCCAGAAAGAGUUAGAGAGAGCUGGUCGGGAGUGCCAGAGACUGAACAGAGUCAAGGCUGAUCUCCUAGUCGAGCAAGGUCGUCUUCAGCUGGAAGCCGAUCGCCAUACUCAGAACAUCAAGAGCCGUGAUACUUUGGUUCGCUCUCUGUCAUCCCACCUGGAGAUGGAGGGUUAUGACCGACCACCCUUCACCUCUCUGCAGCUUGAAAGCUUUCAUCGUCAUGUUACACAGAGACUGGAGCAGGAGAAAGAGACACUCAGUCAGAUUAUAGCAGAUCUGCAGGAAAAGGAGCAACAGAAGCAGCAGUCUAUCGAUGAAAUGAGGGAUAAGAAGACUGGCCUGGAGAGAACCGUAGAGUUGAAGAGGGACAUGCAGGGCAAAAAGCAGCAGGAACUGAGGAACAUCAGGACAGACCUACAGAAGCUCGAAGGGUCAUCUAGUCGGCUGCAAGAGCUGGAAAAUGAAUUGGCCAAAGCUGAGCGUGAGCUGCAACGUGCCCUUCAGAGCUCCAACGUUGACGAGCUGAGGGCUGAGAUUGAGGAACUUCAGAAAGAGAAGACUGAGCUCGACCGGGCGCAGAGACAGCUCGACCACGAGAUGCAGAUUCUUAACACGCACACAACUGCAUGCACGCAGAUGGACAUGCUGAAGAAAGAUAAAACAGAGAAAGAGGAGCAAGUACGGAAAAUAAAGUCUCGUCAUGGCGAGGAUCUUGUGUCCCUCCUGGGUCAUUUUCCCAACAAGAGAGAGCUGGAAGAUUGGAUCUAUUCCAAGUCCAAGGAAAUCAAUAGCACCAGGGAUAGACUUGGUAAACUGAAUAAGGACUUGGCAUCAAAUGAGCAGAAAAAAAGUCAUGUUGCUGCUGAGUUGCGCAAGAAGGAGCAACAAUUAACCAGCGAUGAAGAGAAGUUCUUCAGUGUGUGUGGCAGUCAGGAUCUGGAGCAGGAUCUGGGCAAACUGCAGGAAGAUCUGGAGAAGAUAUCCAAACAAAGAGCCAUGUUAGCAGGAGCCACAGCAGUGUACACCCAGUUCAUCAGCCAGCUGACAGAGGAGAGGGAGCCCUGCUGUCCUGUGUGCCAGCGGACUUUUCCUUCAGAAUCUGAUCUGAAGGAAGUUAUCAAUGACAUGCAGUCCAAGCUACGCCUGGUGCCUGACAAACUGAAGAACACAGAGCAGGACCUGAAGAGGAAGGAGAGAAAGAAGGACGAAAUGAUGGCCCUUAGACCUGUGAGACAGUCCAUUGUACAGUUUCAGGAAAAGGAGCUCCCUGAGCUAAAAAACCAGCUUCAGACUGUGAACAGAGAAAUCGAGAGGCUCAAGGCUGAUGUAGAAGAACAGGAGACUCUGCUGUGUACCUUAAUGUCUGAGGAUGAAACAGCCAAGGCCUGCCUGCAAGACAUCUCUCUAAUGGACCGAUACCUGAUGGACCUGAAAGAGCUGGAGAGAAAGAUUGCUCAGCAGUCAGCUAAACUCCAGGGAGUAGACUUGACCAGAACCAUCCAGCAAGUUAGUCAGGAGAAACAAGAAACCCAGCACAAGCUUGACACCACUUCUAGCACAAUGGAGCUGAAACGUAAGCUGAUCCAAGACCAGCAGGACCAGAUUCAGAUCCUUAAAAGUGGCGUAAAUGAAACGAAGGCGGAGAAACUGCAGCUGAGCAGCGACAUGCAGAAGCAGCAGCAGCUGGAGGAGCAGAGUGUUGAAUUUACUGCAGAGAUACAGGCUUUAACUAGAGACAUCAGGGAAGCGAAGGAGCAACUGUCACCUCUGUCUGUUGCUCUGGAGAAGCUGCAACAAGAGAAACAAGAGCUGAUGGAGCGCAAGAGACAGAAACAGGAAGAAGGCCAAGAGAAGAUCAGUGUCAUAAAAGAGAGAGUGAAAGCUGUCUCCAUGUUGGAACGAGACAUCAAAAAAUACUUAGAUGAAGGAAAAGAUGAAUAUAAAGAGCAAAAAGAAUCUGAGCUUCACGAAACCACCACUCAGCUCCAUGAGGCCGAGAAGCAGAAAGAAAAAAUUAAUAGAGAGAUGGGAAACAUCCGUCAAGACAUAGACACCCAAAAGGUUCAAGAACGCUGGUUACAAGACAAUCUGACUUUACGAAAGCGUGUUGAGGAGCUGAAGGAGGUUGUAGCUAAACGGGAAACUCUUAUGAAAGAAAUGGGCAACAUGCAAGUGUUGCAGCUUCGCCAAGAACGUCGUGAUGCAGAACGCAGGUUGGAAGAGUUGAAGAAGAAUCGGAGCAUUGCACUGGGUCGGCAGAAAGGCUUUGAAGAAGAGAUACUGCAAUACAUAAAAGAGUUGAGAGAGGAACAGUAUGACAAAGCUGAUGAGCGCUACAAAAACAAGAUGAUCACAAUGAGGACCACAGAGUUGGUCAUUAAAGACCUUGAUCUCUACUACAAAGCUCUUGAUCAAACCAUCAUGAGGUUCCACAGUAUGAAGAUGGAUGAGAUCAAUAAAAUCAUCAGAGACCUGUGGCGCAGCACCUACAGGGGUCAAGAUAUCGAGUAUGUGGAGAUCAGGUCAGAUGUGGAUGAAAAUUCAUCAGCUGGAGUGAGGAGGAGGGUUUACAACUACAGAGUAGUUAUGAUGAAGGGGGACACAGCAUUGGAUAUGAGAGGACGCUGCAGUGCUGGCCAGAAGGUGUUGGCAUCCUUGAUCAUCCGUCUCGCCCUCGCGGAGACCUUCUGUCUGAACUGCGGGAUCCUGGCGCUGGAUGAGCCCACCACCAACCUGGACAGGGAGAACAUCGAGUCUUUGGCCCAUGCCCUUGUAGAAAUCAUCAAGAGCCGCUCUCGUCAGCGCAACUUCCAGCUGCUCGUCAUCACCCACGAUGAAGACUUUGUGGAGCUCCUGGGCCGCUCCAGCUAUGUCGAACACUUCUACCGAAUCCGCAAGAACCAGGAUCAGAACUCAGAAAUCACGAAGUGCAGCAUCUCCUCGCUCUCAUCUUACGUCCAUUGAGGAAACGAGAGACUCUUUGCAUUGCUUGAAAAAUCCUCUGUAACGCUUCCUGCUUUACUGCAAUUGGUGAAAUUCAGUCAGACAGCUUGAAAUAAACCAACUAUCAAACCAC